AUGUUGCCCACGACGAUCCGCACACCGCCCAAGGAAGCUGACUUUACGCCCUUGGCUGAAUACCAGUCUACAACGCCUGAAAGUUUUGUUAGCGGGAAGCCUGUUCUUCACUACCACAUCGAGGGCGCAAAAGCAUGGAUCCCCAAGGCGCUCUGCGGUACUCUAGCUCUAUUUCCUGCCGAUGCGAGCGAGAAGCCAAGUGCUCCUGAAGGCGAUAGCAUUAACGGUGAUGCCGAGGAGCUCGUGGAACAAACGGUGGAUGUUUUUGUCAACUCCGAGGUCUUGACUAUCUUCAGUAACAAAGUCGAAGCUGGCGUUUCAAUUCCUUACCCGUCGAUAUCCAUCCACGCAAUCAAGAAGAUCGGCCCCGAGACAGACGCAGAGCGCACUCAAGCCGUGUGGAUGCAGCUUGAAUUCUCUAACGGCGGCGCCGACGACGAUGACUUCAACACGGUGGAUCUCACCAUCAUCCCACCUAAAUCAGACUCCGAGCCCAGCGCCGCCAAGCAACUAUACGACGCCAUGGCCAACUGCUCCGACCUCCACGCUGACCCUAACGAUGGUGACGAGAGCGAGGACGAGUACGACCGUAUCGUUUUUGAGGGCAGCGAAGAGCAUCAGGCCAUUGAGGGUUUCACAGGGGUCAUGCGUGGAGCAAGUAAUGGCGGACUACCACCGCCCAUGCCGGGUAGCGGCGGCUGGAUCACAGCGGAUAAUGUUCACGAGUAUUUCGACGAGGAGGGCAAUUGGAUUGGCAAAGGCGCCGAGGGCCAAGAUGAAGAGUUGGGCGAGGGUGCUGGCAGGGUACGAGAUCGAGAGGAGGCCGAGGGAACCGGUACAGCUGAGGAUCAAACACCUGAUGAUCCUGAUAGCAAGCGAGCGCGGGUGGAGUGA